CUAAUCACUCCCAUGAGUGGUGCGUUAGCAUUAUGGCAACAGCGACAGCAGCAUUGUACGCUCCUUUCAAAUCAACCGAACAGCGCAAGAUUGAGGCUCCCGGUGGAACGCAGCGAUGUCAGAAGUGUUUAGAACAUGGCCACUGGACAUUCGAGUGUUCAAAUGAAAGGAAGUACGUUCACAGACCGUCGAGAACGGCGAUUAUGGCUAAGAAACAGAAAGCGGCGGCAACCAAACGACCACCACCGAAGAGCAAUCGGCCAGCUGUUAACAGAAGGAAAGUUGUUAGAAAAAAGAGAAAGGUAGACAGCAGCAGUGACAGUUCCAGUAGUGACUCGUCCAGCAGUUCGAGCAGUGAUUCGAGCUCAUCUUCCUCGGACAGUGAUGACGGUUCAAGCUCUUCAGGUCGAGGAUCAGACUCGUCAGACUCGAGCUCAAAGUCUAGUAGCAGAUCUUCAGAUGAUGCUUCAUCAAGCAGUAGUAGAUCAACACAAAAGAAGAGGAAGAGAGGGAAGAAACGGUGAUAGCGUAUGGUCAUAAAUGUAAUUAGAAUAAAAAAUCAAAAUUAUAAUGUUGGAACAGUGAAUUUGACUAAAGUCUUUUCUAUUUCAUUAAGCACCAGGCAUCAUCUACAAAGGACGUAUAUAGGAUCAUAACUGACUGCGUGUAAAUCCCUGAUUUAUAGACAGCAGUUGCUGUAGUAUAUAGCAGUUGUUAAUCAUUAAAUGGUAUUGUAGGAGCUCUUAACUGGGAGUACACUCAUUCUGAUAUUA